AGCCUGCAAAUGCCCUCCAGUGCAAACAUUUAAAGAAAUAUUAGGACCUGGUGAGAGCAAGGCUUUCGUUACGUGGAAGGAACCAACUCCUAAUUGCGAAGUGACGUUGGAGGCUUCUGAUAGUACUGCUCCAGAUGGAUUAUUUACCGUUGGAAAACACACAAGACAAUAUACAUACAGUCAUGAAAUUGGCUUUAGUAUGACUUGUGAUGUAAAUAUCGAAGUGGAAGGUAUGUUUGGUUACUUGCAGGGCCUCUUUUAGGAUAUAAACGAGCACGUUUCCCCCAGCCCCAAUGCGCCCAGCCCCAAUGUUUCCCAUCCCCCAAGUAAGCGAAAUAAUUACAAAAAUAUUCUCGGUGCAUAGACCUAGCUGGCUCCUCAGGAGGUUGGGCCCUCAGUGCCUGCGUAUACUAUUCCGCGGUUCCGCCACAUAUGAUAAUUUCAAACACCUGCUCUUCGAAAUUAUAUUGGGAAGGCCCUGAUCACAAGCUGAUACCGUUUAGUGAUAUUAAAGGGGAAGGGGCCUCCUCGCCCUUGGCUCCCCUCUAGUUUGGUCGUGUGGAGUAAGCUGAAUAUUAAUGUCUAUUUCUCUAACAUGUCAUUUCUUUCAAUUAGUUUGUGAGUGUCCAACUCAAACCGUUAAUGGAGUAAUAGGACCUUCUAGAACACAAGGUCUAGCCAGUUGGGAAAUACCAGAACCCACAUGUCCAGCAGAACCAAAGCAACCGAUACCAGAGUUUAACGGUUUGUUUACUAAAGGGGAACACACAGUGCAAUAUGUCUAUACUCACAAAAGUGCCAGCAAUACAUUUGAUAUAACAUGUGAUGUGAAUAUCAACAUGGAAGGUACGUAUUAAAUGUGCGAUGCCUCGGAACUGACGGAAGCUCUGGCAUCAUCCAUAUAUCUCCUCCAGAAGACUAUGUUUAAUUAAUACCCGCAUUUGUAUGUCUGUUUGUCAGCACAAUAACUUAAAAAAAUAUCAAACGUAUUAAUACGAAAUGGACUGAUGGACAUUGCCUAACGACAAAGUGAUUCAAUGUUGGUUAAAAUUUGCCUUUUCUUUAAAAUAAGUGUUCAGUCAGAAAGCACAUGCAUACAUACUGAACUUUAGGUUUACUUAACACCACUGAAAUGCAAAAUCAAUCUGUUGUUUGGAAGCUUUUGAAUGGAAAAUAUUAGUAUAAUAGAAACAACUGGUUUAUACUAAAAAAACAAGAAUUCCUACUUUAUUAAUUCGCAUUUGUUUGUGUCUUUGUAGCCUGCAAAUGCCCUCCAGUGCAGACAUUUAAAGAAAUAUUAAGACCUGAUGAGAGUAAGGCUUUCGUUACGUGGCAGGAACCAACUCCUAAUUGCGAAGUGACGUUGGAGUCUUCUGAUAGUACUGCUCCAGAUGGAUUGUUUACCGUUGGAAAACACACAAGACAAUAUACAUACAGUCAUGAAACUGGCUUUAAUAUGACUUGUGAUGUAAAUAUCGAAGUGGAAGGUAUGUUUGGUUACUUGUAGGGCCUCUUUUAGGAUAUAAACGAGCACGUUUCCCCCAGCCCCAAUGCCCCCAGCCCCAAUGUUUCCCAUCCCCCAAGUAACCGAAAUAAUUACAGUGCAUAGAACUAGCUGGCUCCUCAGAGAUUGGGCCCUCAGUGCCUGCGUAUACUAUUCCGCGGUUCCGCCACAUAUGAUAAUUUCAAACACCUGUUCUUCGAAAUUAUAUUGGGAAGGCCCUGAUCACAAGCUGAUACAAUUUAGUGAUAUUAAAGGGGGAGGGGCCUCCUCGCCCUUGGCCCCCCUCCAGUUUGGUCGUGUGGAGUAAGCUGAAUGAUGUCUCUAUUUCUUUCAUUUAGUUUGUGAGUGUCCAACUCAAACCGUUAAUGGAGUAAUAGGACCUUCUAGAACACAAGGUCUAGCCAGUUGGGAAAUACCAGAACCCACAUGUCCAGCAGAACCAAAGCAACCGAUACCAGAGUUUAACGGUUUGUUUACUGAAGGAGAACACACAGUGCAAUAUGUCUAUACUCACAAAAGUGCCAGCAAUACAUUUGAUAUAACAUGUGAUGUGAAUAUCAACAUGGAAGGUACGUAUUAAAUGUGCGAUGCCUCGGAACUGACGGAAGCUCUGGCAUCAUCCAUAUGUCUCCUCCAGAAGACUAUGUUUAAUUAAUACCCGCAUUUGUAUGUCUGUUUGUCAGCACAAUAACUUAAAAAAAUAUCAAACGUAUUAAUACGACUGACUGAUGGACAUUGCCUAACGACAAAGUGAUUCAAUGUUGGUUAAAAAUUGCCUUUUCUUUAAAAUAAGUGUUCAGUCAGAAAGUAUAUGCAUACAUACUGAACUUUAGGUUUACUUAACACCACUGAAAUGCAAAAUCAAUCUGUUGUUUGGAAGCUUUUGAAUGGAAAAUAUUAGUAUAAUAGAAACAACUGGUUUAUACUAAAAAACAAGAAUUCCUACUUUAUUAAUUCGCAUUUGUUUGUGUCUUUGUAGCCUGCAAAUGCCCUCCAGUGCAGACAUUUAAAGAAAUAUUAAGACCUGAUGCAAGCAAGGCUUUCGUUACGUGGCAGGAACCAACUCCUAAUUGCGAAGUGACGUUGGAGUCUUCUGAUAGUACUGCUCCAGAUGGAUUGUUUACUGUUGGAAAACACACAAGACAAUAUACAUACCGUCAUGAAACUGGCUUUAGUAUGACUUGCGAUGUAAAUAUUGAAGUGGAAGGUAUGUUUCUUGGUGAUUGGACAACACAACACAACACAACACAACACAACACAACACAACACAACACAACACAACACAAAUGUAUUUAAGAACGGUAAAAUCUUCAGCAUAUAUAGAUAUCCUAACUAACAUACAACGACAAGAACAAGAUCUGAAAAUAACUACAGCUGGUUUACAAUAACUACUACAGGUUAACGCUUACAUUAUUAUGGUACUCGUCUAUAGCUUUCUUAAACUGUGAUAACGGUUGAAGCUUUCGAUUAUCAUGAAGAAGACUAUACCACAAUAGAACCCCACUAUAACAAAAGCUUUGCUUUAAAUAGUUUGUUCGCGGCUUGGGCAAAUUUAAUCUCAUUUCAGAGUUUCUUAUAGGUCGUACCCUGUGCCACGAAUUGAAAAGAAAUCACGUAAAUAAGAAGGCGUAUUUCUUAAUUAAGUGUUUUAAAAAUUAGACCAGCCUUCUCAGCAAAUGCUCUUCAAAAUUAUAUAUAUUGGAAUUCCUGACCAUAAGCUGCUACCUUUUAGUGACUUUACGAGACUAUUAAAGAGGAGGGAAUAUAAAAGGGAGAGUAAGCAGUGAAUAAUUUAUCAUGUUAUUUCUUUCAUUUAGCUUGUGAAUGCCCAACUCAAACCGUUAAUGGGGUAAUAGGACCUUCUAGAACCCAAGGUCUAGCCAGUUGGGAAAUACCAGAACCCACAUGUCCAGCACAUCCAAAGCAACCGAUACCGGAGCCUAAGGGUUUGUUUACGGAAGGAGAACACACAGUGCAAUAUGUCUAUACUCACAAAAGUGCAAGCAAUACCUUUGAUAUAACAUGUGAUGUGAAUAUCAACAUGGAAGGUACGAAUUAAAUGUGUGAUGCCUCAGAAGCUAUAGCAUUAUAAUCUCCGCCUGGAAGUUAUCAUCUCAUGCAGCCAAGAGCCGCGUUUGUGUGUUUGUUUGUCAGCACGGACUAAUAGGAAAAUUUGUGGGACUAGUGGAUAUUCCCCAAGGACAAAUUGUAAAAAAAUAAAAACAUUAAAAAAAUAUCAAACGUACUAAAUAGGAAAAUUUGUGGGACUACAAAUUGUUUAAACUUUGGUUAAUAAACUUGGAUGAAAAUUACAUGAGAAAUUAGCAAAAGUUUGUCUUGCUUCGCUGUGCAGUGUGCAGUGUAAACUAAAUUCGUAAUUAGCCCAUUGUACAAUUUAUGCACGGUAAAUAACUUAAUUCACUGUAGAGAUAUGCAGUCUCCAAGUGCCCUUUGUAGUUAAAAUUUCCCUUAAAGGGAAAUGGCAAUAUGUUUUUUUUAUUUUCUCAUUUGAAAGAACAAUUGAAACUAUAUAAUUAUUAAGUUCUUUUACCGCUUUUUCAUAUCUUGCUUAGUUCUUGAAAUAUUUGCACUUGAAGUAAUCAGAUGUCCGCCAACUUGGAUAUAUUUUUUAUCUCAUUAACGGCAGUUUUGGUGACGCCACAACAGGGAUUAACCAUAUAAAAGUACUCGUUGUUGACCAAAUAUUGACUGGUAGAUGUUUUAAAGGUUUUGAGUGAUCUUGAUAUUUCGAAGGGCAGACAGAGUAUAGUUUUGAGUGCAAAAUGAUCAGUGGUUGUGUAGAUAAAAACAUUGUGUGACCCUGUUGUGACGUGACAUGCAAAUCUACAAAAAUUGAAGAUGGCGGACAUUUCAUUCCUUUCGAUCAAAAUAUUUGUAGAAGUAAGCAAGAUAUGAAAAAACGGUAAAAUAAGUUAAUAUAUAGUUUCAAAUGUUCUUUCAAAUGAGAAAAUAAAAAACUAUAUUGCCAUUUCCCUUUAAUAUAACUAUUUAUUCAGAAUGCAUACAUACUAAACUUUAGGUUUACUUAAUACCACUGUCACUGAAAAUGCAAAAUCAAUCUGUUGCUCGGAAACUUCUGAAUGGAAAAUAUUAUAGUAUAAUGGAAACAACUGGUUUUUACUAGAAGACCAUGCCCCGAUAUACAAGUCAGAUCUACUUCAGCUGUACCAAACACUGUUGGUUUUUAAUAUGCGAGUUUUUACUGGAUUCAAGUUAUUACCGCUACAGAAGGAAUAUACUUAAUUCCAAUACUUUAAUUCGUAUUUGUUUGUGUCUUUCUAGCCUGCAAAUGUCCUCCAGUGCAGACAUUUCAAAAAACAAUAAGCCCUGGUGAGAGCAAGGCUUUCGUUACGUGGCAGGAACCAACUCCUAAUUGCGAAGUGACGUUGGAGUCUUCUGACAGUACUGCUCCAGAUGGAUUAUUUACUCUUGGAAAAUACACAAGACAAUAUACAUACCAUCAUGAAGCUGGCUUUAGUAUGACCUGCGAUGUAAAUAUCGAAGUGGAAGGUAUGUUUUGUUACUUGUAGGGCUUCUUUUAGCAUAUACACUGGGAGGCAAGCAGUUUCCCCCACCCCCGCCCGGUCCUACCCCCACCCCCGCAAACAAUGUUGGAUUCCCAGUUAAGGUCCCUCAAGUGUAAAAUGUAAGCAGAGUGAGAAGAAAACUUUGUUGGCAAGAAUGUUUAAUAUUCAUAUGGAUAAACCUCUUUCUCAAUGGACCAUUCCCCAAUUAACCAAAAUUUUGAUCUCAACAAAUCUAGACAAAAUUCCAUCAUAGCAUGAAAGAGCAUCACAAAAUUAGUAAUAUUCCAAAGUUUCGUUGCGAAAUGUUGUAAAAUGCGGCUAAUAUAGCCUUGCGAAAUUUGCAAUUUUCAGUCAUUUUAGAUUACAAACGGGAAACGGUUACCACUUUUCCAAAAUCUUGAUCUUAACUAGCCUAAACAAAAAUUUCAUCACAGCUCGAAAGAGCAUCACAAAAUUAGUAAUAUUCCAAGUUUCGUUGCAAAAUGUUGUAAAAUGCGGAUAAUAUAGCCUUGCCAAGUUUUUAAUUUUCAGUCAUUUUGUAUUACUCACAGAAGUGGUAACCAUUUCCCGUUUGUAUAUUAUCCGCAUUUUACAACAUUUUGCAACGAAACUCUGGAAUAUUACUGUUUGUCUAGACUUGUUGAGUUCAAAAUUUUAGUUAAUUGGGGAAUGGUCCAUUAAUUUAAACAUGUCAAAAAGGUGUGUCGGAAAAUGCAGGAAAACAAGCCCCGGAGACUCAAAAUUUCCUAAGGGUCUUCCCCCUGAUCCAAAACUGGGACUGAGCAGAGCAACUUCUUGAAUUCGGUGCUCCUGACCAGCCAAUUAUGACGCUAGAACAGUAAGAACGAGAAGAGAUUUCUAAAUGUAACUGCCCGCAACGGAGUUUAUGCUAAUUUGCUUUAUUAAAAGGCUAUAUACAGUAGCUAGGGUUUCACGCUUGAAAAAGAUGAGCUUAGCUGGUGUCUUUUAGUGGGUAUAAGGCAUGGGUAUAGGGAGUGUAAACAUACAUAAAAAUAGCCCAGGCCUGACGUAGUCAGCUAAGGCCAUAAAAUCUGGGCCGACCGUUAACGUUGGUCUAGGUCUGGCCCAACCCAUAAUCCUUUGAAACGGCAAAAACUUGGGGGGAAAGUAAAUAAAUCUUUACUCAAACAAUUUGAGUAAAUUUGAAACUUGAUUAAUUUUAUUCAAAUUUUUGAGUUUGGUUUUUUUUGCAAUGAUAGCAUGGUAAACAAUGUAAAUGUGUUACAAUUACUGGGGCAUUGCUUGGCUGAAGUCACGGCUCGCAGUGUAGACAUGGCCUUGCAGCAAGUCUGUAAAAACUAUUUUCUUUUCUUAUCCAGGAGAGUUAUGCCGUGGAAAGGCAAUCAAUCCUGAUACCGAGGUGUGCUGCUGUGGUGAGGUACAUCGCGCUCAAAGUGGGUACAAGUGCUGUGGCGUGGAAUACUAUAACACGUUGGCACAUGAGUGUUGUGAUGAAACGAGAGCGAAUAUCGUGCCGAAAGGAGAAAGAUGCCCAAAUGCCGUUUAUUACGUAAAAUAGACUUGAACUAAAUGAUUUAAGUCGCAAAAGAACUGUGUACUUGUAGUUCAAAGUAUGUAUCUAUGGAUAUGUCAUUUGUGUUCAAUUUAACAUAAAUUAUGUUGUUGUAGGCAGCAUAUUACAGUAUAUCAAUACCUAAGUAAGCCUUGCAUACAGUUCUAAAGUAAGGAGCAUUAAAAAAAGAAAAGGCCAAUUUUCAAUAAUGUACAGGAAUUCUUAUGCAGGUGAAUCAAAUUUUAGAAAUAUGUAGAGAACAUACGUUAAUAUUACAAGUAC